UUCAAUCAGCCUGCAGCCCUGGUCACAAAACAAAAUUUACCAAUCUGCAGCACAACACGGCGGAAUUAUAAUCAAAUUAUUAUAAGCAAUUGCAAUGUCCGAGUCACCGUCGGAACCACGCGCCAAGCGCCAGAGAGUAGACAAAAAUGGGAGGUUCGCCGCCAUGGAGCGACUGCGUCAGCUGAAGGGAACCAAGAACAAAUGCCAAGUGGAGGACCAGGUGGACGACGUAUACGAUGUGGUUGAUGAGCGGGAAUACGCCAAGAGGGCGCAGGAAAAGUACGGCGACGAUUGGAUCGAGGAGGAUGGUACUGGUUACGCAGAAGAUCUUCGCGAUUUCUUCGAGGACGAAGAUGAGUACUCCGAUGGUGAGGAGGAACAAAAGGACUUCAAAAAGAAGAAGGGUGUUGCUCCCAACAGCAAAAAGAGACCACGGGAGACUGAAAAACCAGUAACAGGAAAAGCGUCCAUCAAGAAUCUCUUUAGCAAUGCAGUGCCCAAAAAGAUAGACGUAAAGAACAGUGUGAAAGAUGAUGAUAUCCUGGCUGAUAUCUUGGGUGAAAUCAAGGAAGAGCCUGCGGCUACGUCAGAGAAGACUGAAAAAGUUAUAGCCCCAGCAAAAAUAUCAGUUACCUCGCGUAAAUUCGAUGCCGCUGCUGCCAAGGAAUACAUGAAUAGUUUUCUCAACAACAUCAAAGUUCAGGAGCAGGAACGGAAAAAAGCGGAGGCCAGUAGCGAUAACGAGAUGCUGGAGCGCAUCCUGAAGCCCAAGGCAGCAGUUCCAAACACAAAGGUGGCCUUUUUCUCCAGUCCUACAAUCAAAAAAGAGCCGGCGCCCGAAAAGACACCUGCCAAAACAGCAACCGAAGAUGCCUUCUCCGACAAUGAAAUGGAUUUCAGCUGUCUGGAUGACGACGAAAAUCAAUUCGACGUGGAGAAGACGCAGUUCAAGGAGAAGAUUUCCCAAACGAAAGCCUCAGCCGAGGAAUCAUCCCAAGCUAAAGUCGACGGGAAUGCAUCGCCCAAAAAGGAAACAGAGUGUUCCGCAAAGGAAUCGGCAUCGGAAUCGGAGGACAUAAGCAGGCUGCUGAACAAUUGGGAGUCCAUAUGCCAAAUGGACGAUGACUUUGAAAAAUCCGUGCUCACCACGGAUCAGGAAUCGACAAUCUCCUCAGAUCAGCAGCUGCGGUUCUGGUACUGGGAGGCCUACGAAGAUCCAGUAAAGAUGCCCGGCGAGGUCUUCCUCUUCGGUCGGACCGCCGAUGGAAAGUCCGUCUGUCUCCGUGUGCAGAACAUCAACCGUGUGCUCUAUCUGCUACCCCGGCAAUUCCUCUUAGACCCCAUUUCGAAGGAGCCAACCAAGCAAAAGGUGACAGUUGCAGACAUAUACAAGGAGUUCGAUAGCGAGGUGGCAAACCAACUUAAGCUGGAAUUCUUUCGAUCCCGCAAGGUCACCAAGAGUUUUGCCCACCACGCCAUCGGUAUUGAAGUUCCGCAGACUUGCGAUUACUUGGAGGUUCACUACGAUGGCAAAAAACCUCUGCCGAAUUUGUCGGCCAACAAGAAAUACAACUCCAUAGCACAUAUAUUCGGUGCCACCACCAAUGCACUCGAAAGAUUCCUCUUGGAUCGGAAAAUCAAGGGGCCCUGUUGGCUGCAGGUGACUGGAUUUAAGGUGAACCCCGCUCCCAUGAGUUGGUGUAACAUCGAAGUCACACUGACUGAGCCCAAAAAUGUGGAGUUGGUGCAAGAUAGAGGAAAGCCAGCACCACCACCUCCACUUACGAUACUAGCCCUUAAUGUUCGCACCUCAAUGAAUCCCAAAACCUCGAGAAACGAGAUAUGCAUGAUUUCGAUGCUGACCCACAAUCGCUUUCACAUCGACCGCCCUGCUCCACAGCCCGCUUUCAAUCGACACAUGUGCGCUUUGACCCGUCCGGCAGUGGUUAGUUGGCCUUUGGAUUUGAACUUCGAGAUGGCAAAAUACAAAUCCACUACAGUGCACAAACAUGACUCGGAGAGGGCCCUAUUAAGUUGGUUCCUAGCUCAGUAUCAGAAAAUAGAUGCAGAUCUCAUUGUGACCUUUGAUUCCAUGGAUUGUCAACUAAAUGUGAUAACCGAUCAAAUCGUAGCCUUGAAGAUUCCUCAAUGGUCCCGAAUGGGGCGACUGAGACUGAGCCAGUCGUUUGGCAAGCGUUUGCUGGAACAUUUUGUCGGCCGAAUGGUUUGCGAUGUAAAGCGGUCUGCCGAGGAGUGUAUAAGAGCAAGAUCCUAUGAUCUGCAAACGCUGUGCAAGCAAGUUCUGAAGCUUAAGGAAUCGGAGAGAAUGGAAGUGAAUGCGGAUGAUCUCCUGGAGAUGUAUGAGAAGGGAGAGAGCAUCACUAAGCUCAUAUCGCUCACCAUGCAGGACAAUUCAUAUUUACUAAGGCUGAUGUGUGAGCUCAACAUCAUGCCGUUAGCGUUACAAAUCACCAAUAUUUGCGGCAACACCAUGACCAGGACCCUUCAAGGAGGCCGUUCUGAACGGAAUGAGUUUCUAUUGCUGCAUGCUUUCCACGAGAAGAAUUACAUAGUGCCGGAUAAAAAGGUGCCGGUUUCCAAACGCAGUGCUGCAGGAGAUGCAGAGGCCACGUUUUCGGGUGCAGAUGCCACGCUGCAAAGCAAAAAGAAGGCAGCCUAUGCUGGUGGACUGGUCCUGGAGCCAUUGCGCGGUCUCUACGAAAAGUACGUUCUCCUGAUGGAUUUCAACUCCCUGUACCCCAGCAUAAUACAGGAAUACAACAUAUGCUUCACCACUGUCCAACAGCCCGUGGAUGCAGAUGAGUUGCCCACGCUACCGGAUUCCAAAACGGAAGCUGGAAUAUUACCCCUCCAACUAAAACGUUUGGUGGAGUCGCGGAAAGAGGUGAAAAAGCUAAUGGCAGCGCCAGAUCUUUCGCCGGAACUGCAGAUGCAGUACCACAUUAGGCAGAUGGCCCUGAAGCUAACUGCUAACUCCAUGUAUGGUUGCUUGGGCUUCGCCCACUCCCGGUUCUUUGCGCAACACUUGGCUGCUUUGGUCACCCACAAGGGCAGAGAAAUCCUCACAAGCACACAGCAACUCGUUCAAAAGUUGAACUAUGACGUGGUUUAUGGAGAUACAGAUUCCCUGAUGAUAAAUACCAAUAUAACCGACUACGAUCAGGUCUACAAGAUUGGUCACAGCAUUAAACAGAGUGUAAAUAAACUGUAUAAGCAGCUGGAAUUGGAUAUCGAUGGAGUAUUUGGUUGUUUGCUCUUGCUGAAGAAAAAGAAAUAUGCCGCUGUCAAGUUGAGCAAGGAUUCCAAGGGAAACCUGAGGCGUGAGCAGGAGCACAAGGGCCUGGAUAUAGUUCGUCGGGAUUGGUCUCAGCUAGCUGUGAUGGUGGGAAAAGCCGUUCUCGAUGAAGUGCUGUCGGAAAAGCCUUUGGAAGAAAAACUGGAUGCAGUGCAUGCCCAGCUAGAGAAGAUCAAAACUCAAAUCGCAGAGGGUGCAGUACCGCUGCCACUGUUUGUCAUCACCAAGCAGCUAACUCGGACUCCCCAGGAAUAUGCCAAUAGUGCUUCAUUACCCCACGUCCAGGUGGCCCUUCGGAUGAAUCGAGAGCGUAAUAGGCGCUACAAAAAGGGCGAUAUGGUGGACUAUGUUAUCUGUUUGGAUGGCACCACAAAUGCUGCAAUGCAGCGAGCGUACCAUUUGGAUGAGCUUAAGGCCAGCGAGGAUAAGAAGCUGCAGCUGGACACGAAUUACUACCUGGGACACCAGAUCCAUCCGGUAGUAACGCGAAUGGUGGAGGUGCUAGAAGGAACCGACGCAAGUCGCAUCGCCGAGUGUCUGGGCAUGGACCCAACCAAGUUCCGCCAGAACGCGCAAAGAACCCAGCAAGAGAACACCGAGCAGUCGGAGGGUGAGUCGCUCCUCAAGACAACUCUCCAGUUGUACCGCCUGUGCGAACCGUUCCGCUUCCAGUGCGUUACCUGUAAGGCGGAGCAGCUGAUGGCGACCGCAUACCGACCGGGACCAAGCAACUCCCACAUAGCCGUGCUCCAGCAAUGCGCGAAUCCCGAGUGCCAAACAGCACCGAUUCAGUACCUGGCCAGCGUCCGCAAUCAGCUGCAGCUUUCCAUGCGGCGGUAUGUGCAACGAUUCUAUAAAAACUGGCUGGUUUGUGAUCACCCGGAUUGCAACUUCAACACCCGCACACACUCCCUAAGGAAGAAGUCGCACCGCCCGCUGUGCCAAAAGUGCAGGAGUGGCAGCCUACUGCGUCAGUAUACGGAGCGGGACCUGUACAAUCAGCUCUGCUACCUGCGAUUCAUGUUCGACCUCGGAAAGCAAACGCUGCACCAAAAACCCACCCUCACCCCGGAGCUGGAGCAGGCCUAUCAGCUCCUGUACGAAACGGUGGAUCAGCAGCUGCAGAGCUCCUCCUACGUGAUCAUCUCGCUGAGCAAGCUUUUUGCCCGCUCCCUGGCUCAGAUGAGCCUGCAACCGCCCGUGGCGCAGCAGCAGAACGAAUCAAUCCCGAGUGCUUUGGCAGAUGUCGUCUGAGUGUUUAAUUAACUAGCCUUUGUUAUAAGUUCCAUUAAAAAUACUACAAAACAGA